AUGAAGCCCAACCCGGCAGGCUCCUCCCCAGAGGCCUGCAAAGCUGCGGGGCAGGGCGAGCAGAGCUGCCCUGUCUGCCAGGCCUGGGGUGGGGUCUCAAGCCUGGGGUCUGAGUCAGGGCCUGGGCCGGGGCCUGGUGCUGUGUCCAGACCUGGGCCAGGACCUGGGCCGGGGCCUGGUGCUGUGUCAGGACCUGGACCUGGGCCUGGUACUGUUCCAGCGCCUGGGUCGAGUCCUGGUACUGUUCUGGGGCCUGGGUUGGGGCCUGGGCCUGGGGCUUCUUCAGGAGCUGGGCCAGGGACUGGAGCAGUGUCAGAGCCUGGGAAGGAGCCUAGUGCUGUUCUGGGGCCCAGACAAGGGUCUGGCGCAGUGUUGGGGCCUGGACCAGGGCCUGGGGCUUCUUCAGGAGCUGGGCCAGGGACUGGAGCAGUGUCAGAGCCUGGGAAGGAGCCUAGUGCUGUUCUGGGGCCCAGACAAGGGUCUGGCGCAGUGUUGGGGCCUGGACCAGGGCCUGGGGCUUCUUCAGGAGCUGGGCCAGGGACUGGAGCAGUACCAGGGCCUAGUGCUGCUUCAGCACCUGGACCAGCUCUGGGGCCUGGGCCAGGAGCUGGGUCAGUACCUGGUUCAGGAGCUGCACCUUUAUCUGGGUCAGGGGUAGGGCCUGGGCCCAGACGGGAAUCAGGGGCUGGGCAGAAACCCAGUGAGCCAGUGACAGCCCCAGUGCCAGUACUGCAGCAGAAGACUCAGGCCACACCUGUGCAGACCUCUAAGCAGAAGGUUCUGGUGACUGGAGGAGGAGGCUACCUGGGCUUUACCCUGGGUUCCAGCCUGGCCAAGAGCGGCACUUCUGUCAUCCUGCUCGACCUCCGCAGACCCCAGUGGGUGCUGUGCCCGGGAACCGAGUUCAUCCAGGCUGAUGUCCGCGAUGCAGAAGCCCUGCACCGCGCCUUCGAAGGGGUGGACUGUGUCUUCCACAUGGCCUCCUGCGGAAUGUCCGGUGCCGAGCAGCUGCAAAAAGAGCAGAUUGAGUCUAUAAAUGUUGGAGGCACCAAACUAGUGAUUGAUGUUUGUGUCCACCGGCGGGUUCCAAGGCUUGUCUACACCAGCACCGUCAAUGUCGCAUUCGGCGGGAAGCCCAUAGAACAGGGCGAUGAGGACUCUGUGCCAUAUUUCCCACUGGAGAAGCACAUGGACCACUACUCCCGAACUAAAGCCAUUGCCGACCAGUUGAUCCUCAUGGCCAACGGGACGCCUCUCCCAGGAGGAGGCGCUCUGCGGACAUGUGUGCUCCGGCCCCCAGGGAUCUACGGCCCCGAAGAGCAGAGGCACCUGCCCCGCGUGGCGAGCCACAUCAAGAAGAGACUGUUCAUGUUCCGAUUUGGGGACCGCAGGACGAGGAUGAACUGGGUUCACGUGUGCAAUCUGGUGCAGGCACACGUGCUAGCAGCCGAGGCCCUCACCGCCGCCAAGGGCUACGUGGCCAGUGGGCAGGCGUACUACAUCAAUGACGGGGAAAGCGUCAACCUCUUCGAGUGGAUGGCCCCACUGUUUGAGAAGCUGGGGUACAGCAAGCCCUGGAUCCAGGUUCCUACUUCCUGGGUUUACCUGUCAGCCACGGUGAUGGAGUAUUUGCACCUGGCCCUGAAGCCCAUCUGCAGCCUCCCGCCAGUGCUCACCCGGAGUGAGGUGCGCAGCGUGGCCGUGACGCACACCUUCCAGAUCGCUAAGGCCCGCGCUCAGCUUGGCUACGUGCCCGACAAGUUCAGCUUCGCGGACGCCGUGGAGCGAUACGUGCAGUCGACGGGCACGGGAACCCGCGGCUCCACAGCGCGGACGCUCCUGCGGCUGCUGCUCGGGCUGCUGCUGCUCCUUGGCCUGCUCGUGCUGGCCCUGCACUUCCUAGGCCCGCGGCCGUUCGUCGUCUGACCAUCGUCGCCGGCCUGUCCCUGCCCCUGCUUCGCCGUCAGGACUUGGACCAGACCCUGCUCCGCCCUCCGGACUUGGGCGCUCCCUUGAGUCCCGGGCUUGUCCCUGCCCCACCCUCUGGGCUUGGAUCUGCCCAGCAGGUCUUCCGCUUGGAUAUUCCGGCGUUCUAACCCCGCCCCUGUCCCGCCCUCUGGGUUUUGACGUGCCCCUGCCCCGCCUCUUGAGCCCUGGCCACGCCCCUUCCCCUCCCUCCGGCCUUGGUCUGUCUCUGACUUGGCCGGGAUGCCUACGAGAAGGUCCUAUCUUCACAGCCUGCUCCGCCUUCCAGGCCUUCUCCCCGCCCCUGCCCAGGCCUGGCCCGCCCUCGCGUUCUCCUCUGCUCUGAGAGGAAAAGUUGCAGAACAGAAAAGAACAUUUGUCUUGUUGGAGGUUUACAGGAACGUCAUGACCUGACCUACCUGGACAGCUGCCAGAACAAAGGAUUCCAGCACCAAGAAGUUUACAACAACUAACCACACCCCCUCCCCUUUUAAUAUAAAAGCCUGAGUUCUAACAUGGGGAAGAUGCUUCUUUGGGACACCAGUCCACCACCUUCUCAGUCUGCUGGCUUUCCAAAUAAAGUUGCUA